UGUCAUAUAUACUUAACCAUACUUAACUAGAGUAGCAACUAUGAAACAGCUCAAAACAUGAAGAAAUCACAUCAGAAACGUAUUGAAAACCCUACAGUUCUCAAAAAACUAGGAAUAAAUAUGUUGCCUCGCAAACUUCGCACUAAAGUUGUAUAUAACGACGAAGAAUGGCUUAGCAACAAAGUCAAAGGGUCGAGUACCUACCGAGAAGACUUCAAAGAUUAUUCAAUGGACGAUAUUCAAAUACUGAAGAUCGAUCAUCCAAACGUAAACAAAAGUACAACAGAAAUAUAUGGACAGAUUCCUCCAUCGUCGCCCAUGACAACCACAUUUAGAAGAAACUUCAAAGGAGAACCAGGCCUCCCUGCAAAAAGUUGUCGCCCAAAAUGGUUUGCCCCGGACCAAUCUCGCCAAGUUGGGAGUACUGGAUAUUCAUACGAUUACAGAACAAAACCGUUGCCGCAGCAACGSUCUCCUCCACCUACCAAAAUAGGCAAUGUCCUUCAUACAUAUCCAAGCAAUGUACUUCUACCUUACACAAGGCCUGACCAGGUCAUUUCUAUCUGGAAACCGCUACGUGUUCUUCCUCCAGUGAACAACGUUAAGUCAUCGGACCUUUUAUCUGCACUGAGCAAGGGUUCGUUAAGUUCAACGUACAGAGACGACUACUUAUCGAUCCGAUAAUGCUGACAUUCGACGAUAAAUUGAUUUGACUGAGUCUAUAAUAAAGUGCUUCUUCAUCAAA